GUUAUUUUAAGCCAAGGAAAUAUACCACCAAAAAGGUAUAAUUGGAAGGGAUUUUAUGGUCACAUACUUUAAUAUUGUUUUUUACUCAAUAUAUCAAUCUACUAAAAAAAUUUCAUUAUUUGUUAAAUUAAAUUAUCUUCAGCAUAUUGUGUUGCUUCCUUUUUCAUAUUAAGUUUUUUUUAUCCUCUUCCUUUUUUUAUUGAAAUUGAACUCAUCACCUUUAGCUGAAGUGAUAUUGAAUCAUGUUUACUUCAAUAUUUUCUUCUCGAUCACGAGGCUCCUGGAUUCCGCCUAUCGACAUCAUUGAUCAAGAUAGUAAUUUCACAAUGAUCAUGGACCUUCCUGAAGUCAAGAAAGAGGACUUGAAGGUGUACACAGAAAGAAGUAAUAUUGUUUGUAUCUCUGGUAACCGGUAUCGAAGCAAACAGGAUGAAGAUCUAAAAGAUCUCCUUAUUGUUGCCGAGCGAGGUUAUGGAAGGUUUGAGCGUUGCUUCGAGCUUCCCACUUCUAUUGACGAUUCAUCGGUAAAGGCUUCCUUUAGGAAUCAAAUUUUAAGAGUGGUUGUCCCGAAAGAGGCAAGCAAAGACGUAAACCCUUCAGCCUCGAUCAAGAUCGAAUAAAGUAACGUCAAUUGAAUUGUUAAAACUGACAAAAAAUGCAAUAUGGAUUUUUGAAAAAUAUGCACACUUUGAAAAUGGAAAUACAUUAUUACUCUUUAAUUUGAAACCAGAAGCGCACGAGUUGAUUUUAUUAGUACUUCCCAUUGUUUUGUCAGAUACACCUGCUAAUGCACAUGGUAUAAUCGGCGUUUUUUGUUAUUUUAUUUACAUAUAAGCUUUUCAUUUAUAAACUUUACUUUCUUUUUAAUUCUAUCUUAUAUGCGGAUAUUUUAUCAAUUGUCAUU